CAAUUGCCUUUGGGAUAUAAAGAAUCUUUCCGCUGGGUCCCUCAAAUCUCACCCCCUCUUACCCGCUCCGGCAAUCGUUCCUAUCCAAAUGGCCGGAAAAGUUAUCUCCACUGGAAUCCGUUAUCAUACUUUACCGGAGAGUUACGUUCGUCCGGUUACUGAUAGACCUAACUUAUCUCUCGUCUCCAACUGCAACGACGUUCCAGUUAUUGACUUCGGUAACGCUGAUAGACGUCUCAUAAUCCAGCAAAUUGGCGAUGCUUGUCGUCGUUAUGGUUUUUUCCAGGUAAUAAAUCAUGGUGUUCCGGAUGAAAUCGUGGAGAAAAUGCAACAAGUAGGUAGAGAAUUUUUCCUGCUGCCGGUGGAAGAGAAGAUGAAGCUGUACUCAGAGGAUCCGUCGAAGACGAUGAGGUUAUCGACGAGUUUCAAUGUGCAGAAAGAACAAGUUCAUAAUUGGCGAGAUUAUCUCCGACUUCACUGUUAUCCCUUGGAUCAAUACUCUCCUGAAUGGCCUUCCAAUCCUUCUUCAUUCAAGGAAAAUGUGGGGAAUUACUGCAGGGCAAUAAGAGAGUUGGGGAUGAGAAUAUUGGAAGCCAUAUCGGAAAGCUUAGGCUUAGAAAAAGAAGUGAUAAGAAACAUAUUAGGAGAUCAAGGUCAACAUAUGGCUAUCAACCACUAUCCAGUGUGCCCUGAACCCGAGCUAACGUAUGGUUUGCCUGGUCAUACCGACCCCAAUGCUCUCACCAUCCUCCUUCAAGACACCCUCGUCUCUGGCCUUCAAGUCUUUAAAGAUGGUAAGUGGUUAGCCGUUAGCCCACACCCCAAUGCAUUUGUCAUCAACAUUGGCGACCAACUUGAGGCGGUGAGUAACGGUGAAUACAAGAGCGUGUGGCACCGUGCGGUAGUGAAUUCAGACAAACCUAGAAUGUCGAUAGCAUCGUUUUUGUGUCCAUGUAACGACUCCAUCAUCAGUGCUCCUCAAGAACUAACAGAAAAAGAUGGAUCGAAAGCGGUUUUCAAGAAGUUUACAUAUGCAGAAUACUAUAAGAAGUUUUGGAGUCGAAAUCUUGAUCAAAAAGAACACUGCUUAGAAUUCUUCAAGAACUAGUUAUAAUUAUGCAUCAAAAUCUUAAGUCCUCCCCGCCCAAUUUGUUGCUACAUAUUUAAAUAACUUAAAUAAAUAUUUGUGU